AUGCAAGCACUAAUCGGUGAGAUGCGCUCGAUAUUCCGUGAUGAUCACGUUAAUAUUGAAGACAUGGAGAAGACGUUGCUAUCAUAUAAAAGCGAUCCACAGGACUGGUCCCAGUACGCUAUGUUCGACGAAAGGAACUACACCCGUAAUCUCGUUGAUACUGGCAAUGGAAAGUACAACAUGAUCGUUCUUUGUUGGGGACCAGGAAUGUGCACGAACAUCCACGAUCAUUCCGGUUCCCACUGUUUUGUGAAGAUGCUCGAAGGACAACUCAAGGAGACCCGGUUUGCAUUCCCAGAAGCGAACACCGCUGGAGAACCACUAGUGAAAACUGGUGAAUCCUACGUGGCGGUGAAUGAAGUCACCUACAUGAGCGAUCAACUUGGCCUCCAUCGGAUGGAAAAUCCAAGCCAUUCGGAAAACGCCGUCAGCCUUCACGUUUACUCACCCGCAUAUGACAAAUGCAGUCUCUUCGAUCAGAGGACAAGUCAACGGCACACCUCCCAAGUGACAUUUUGGUCUCGCUACGGGAAGCUGUCCGACAGUGAUGAAGUACCGUUUGAUCGGAUCCAGACAAGCUCGAAAAGGGGAUGA